AAAAUAUGAUUAUAAAAAUAUUAUGUUGCAGGGCUUGACCUUCUUCUUGAGCUAUACCAUCCUUGCCUCAAUGCUUGGAAUGCUCCAGUUCGGCUACAACACAGGUGUCAUCAAUGCUCCGGAAAAUAAUAUAGAAAAAUUUAUGCAAGAUGUAUAUAGAUAUAGAAACAAUAAGGACUUGCAUUUGGACUCGGCAAAACUUAUGUAUUCUUUUGCUGUUUCUAUAUUUGCCAUUGGAGGUAUGAUAGGUGGAUUUAUUGGUGGCAUGGUUGCCAAUAAAUUUGGGAGGAAAGGAGGCCUUCUGAUGAACAACAUUCUAGGUAUAGGCGGAGCAGUUCUAAUGGGCUUUGCAAAGGUGGCACAUUCCUAUGAAAUGUUGUUUUUUGGAAGAUUCAUUAUUGGUGUUAACUGUGGACUGAAUACAUCCCUUGUGCCUAUGUACAUAUCCGAAAUCGCCCCCCUCAAUCUGAGAGGGGGGCUAGGAACUGUAAACCAGCUAGCAGUCACUGUCGGCUUACUUAUAUCUCAGGUUCUAGGUAUAGAUGAAAUUCUCGGAACUGAUGAUGGCUGGCCUGUUCUUUUAGGUUUAGCUAUUUGCCCCGCUAUUUUGCAGCUUAUACUUCUUCCAAUAUGCCCUGAAUCACCGAGGUAUCUUCUCAUCACAAAACAAUGGGAAGAAGAAGCAAGAAAAGCCCUUAGAAGAUUACGAGCUUCAAACCAGGUAGAAGAAGAUAUAGAGGAGAUGAGAGCGGAACAGCGAGCGCAGCAAAGUGAAUCAACUAUCUCCAUUUCAGAACUUAUCUGCUCACCUACCCUUCGUGCCCCUCUCAUUAUCAGCGUAGUUAUGCAACUUUCCCAACAACUUUCAGGCAUCAAUGCAGUAUUUUACUAUUCAACUGGGUUAUUUGUAACCUCUGGCCUUUCAGAAGAGACUGCCAAAGAUAUGACGAUAGGUAUCGGAGCAAUCAUGGUCAUCAUGACCCUUGUCACUAUCCCCUUAAUGGAUCGAAUGGGUCGCAGGACGCUUCAUCUUUAUGGCUUAGGCGGAAUGUUCAUUUUCUCCAUUUUUAUCACUAUUUCAUUUUUAAUCAAAGAAAUGAUCGAUUGGAUGUCAUAUCUGUCAGUCGUGUCUACGCUAAUGUUUGUUGUGUUCUUCGCCCUUGGGCCGGGCUCCAUACCCUGGCUGAUAACAGCUGAGCUGUUCUCUCAGGGACCACGACCUACAGCCAUGUCAAUUGCUGUUCUCGUCAACUGGCUCGCCAACUUUCUUGUCGGCAUUGGUUUUCCAACAAUGCAGGCAUCAUUAGAAAAUUAUACAUUUCUCCCAUUUAGUGUUCUUCUAGCUGGAUUCUGGAUCUUCACUUAUAAAAGAGUGCCAGAAACAAAAAAUAAAACUUUUGAAGAAAUACUCGUAUUAUUUAGGAAUAAUAAUGGAAGUAAUAAUAAUGAGAACAAAAAAAGGUGCGCUGCCUCUUUUUCCAGGAGCACGCUUAACUGUGUGAAUGCAUUAGAGCAACGAAUGCCUCCAUCCGAACGUGCAGCUUUAAUGGUGGCAGAGGAAAAGCCACUCCCCGAUACAUUGGAAGAAGUGAAGGGACUUGACUAUGUGUUGCAGCUGCUUCCGAGCACUUUUCUCGAGAUCUGGCUCAGCCAGUGCGUCCCCCUCCGCCCCUCCCACCACCUCGAUUUCCCAACAGCGCCGUUUGACAAUGGGAACCUCCUAACAGCGGCAUUAUGUCAUCUCUUCGCCUCACCUCUCUUCGACUCCUCAAUCUUCUAUACAGCGCUGUUUAGUCUGUCCUGA